AAAUUACUAAUUGUUUAGAGUUCUUUAAAAAAUAAACUCAGUUGAAAUUUAUUACUUCUAUGAUUUAAAAUAUUAGCGAAAUAGACAUAAAUAAGAAGAAUUAUUCAAAUGAUAACUCUAAUUAAACAAGAAAGGAAUUAAUUAAAAAAAUAACUUAGGAUUAGUACAUCAUUGAAUUUUUGAAAUUCCUUGUUUAAUUGACAUCUAUUGACGAAAGAUUAAUCUAAUGCGGAUCGAAUGCUCUGAAUAUAUUGGUUGAAAUGAAGGUAGAUUUGAGAGAAUAAUGUUUUGAAAAUAUUAAGAUAAAAGAUACUUCUUUAAUUGGUGGAAAUUUUGUAAGAUGCAAUUUGAAUGAAUCAGAAUUUGAUAAUGUGGAUAUAAGUGGAGUUAAUUUAAAUUAGGCUUAAUUGUUUAAUUGUAAAUGGAAAAACAUCAAAAUUCAUGAGUUAAAUAGAUUAGAUGGUCAUUCAUCAGCAGUAUAGUCAGUCAAUUUCUCUCCUGAUGGUACUACAUUAGCAUCUGGUGGUGGAGAUUGUUCUAUCCGAUUGUGGGAUGUUAAGACAGGAUAAUAAAAAGCCAAAUUAGAUGGUCAUUCGCGUGUUAAUUCAGUCAAUUUCUCUCCUGAUGGUACUACAUUAGCAUCUGGUAGUGAAGAUAAUUCUAUCCGUUUAUGGGAUGUUAAGACAGGAUAAUAAAAAGCCAAAAUUAGAUGGUCAUUCGCAUUAUGUUUAUUCACAUCUGGUAGUUCAGAUAACUCUAUCCGUUUAUGGGAUGUUAAGACAGGAUAAUAAAAAGCCAAAUUAGAUGGUCAUUCAGAUUAUGUAAGAUCAGUCAAUUUCUCUCCUGAUGGUACUACAUUAGCAUCUGGUAGUGAUGAUAACUCUAUCCGUUUAUGGGAUGUUAAGACAGGAUAAUAAAAAGCCAAAUUAGAUGGUCAUUCGCAUUAUGUUUAUUCAGUCAAUUUCUCUCCUGAUGGUACUACAUUAGCAUCUGGUAGUGAUGAUAACUCUAUCCGUUUAUGGGAUGUUAAGACAGGAUAAUAAAAAGCCAAAUUAGAUGGUCAUUCAGAUUAUGUAAGAUCAGUCAAUUUCUCUCCUGAUGGUACUACAUUAGCAUCUGGUAGUGAUGAUAACUCUAUCCGUUUAUGGGAUGUUAAGACAGGAUAAUAAAAAGCCAAAUUAGAUGGUCAUUCAGGUUAUGUUUAUUCAGUCAAUUUCUCUCCUGAUGGUACUACAUUAGCAUCUGGUAGUUCAGAUAACUCUAUCCGUUUAUGGGAUGUUAAGACAGGAUAAUAAAAAGCCAAAUUAGAUGGUCAUUCAGAAGCAGUUAUAUCAGUCAAUUUCUCUCCUGAUGGUACUACAUUAGCAUCUGGUAGUUGGGAUAACUCUAUCCGUUUAUGGGAUGUUAAGACAGGAUAAUAAAAAGCCAAAUUAGAUGGUCAUGAAUAUGAAAUUCUAUCAGUCAAUUUCUCUCCUGAUGGUACUACAUUAGCAUCUGGUAGUGCAGAUAACUCUAUCCGUUUAUGGGAUGUUAAGACAGGAUAAUAAAAAGCCAAAUUAGAUGGUCAUUCAGAAGCAGUUAUAUCAGUCAAUUUCUCUCCUGAUGUUAUGAUAACUCUAUCCGUUUAUGGGAUGCUAAGACAGGAUAAUAAAAAGCCAAAUUAGAUGGUCAUUCAUCAGCAGUAUGGUCAGUCAAUUUCUCUCCUGAUGGUACUACAUUAGCAUCUGGUA